AUGCGUACACGAAAUUUCACCACACCAGCCUACUUCCCCCGCGAGGGACCGCACCCCACUAUGAGAUUCAAUGACCGUCUGGUUGUUUCUUAUGUUGUUUGGGACCAGCCGAACGUUGGUGAUGCGCCAGCUAGUCAUGAGCGGUUCAACUUACUGUUUUUGCACGGGUCGCAGAUGAUGAAAGAAGUCUGGACAUAUUACGCCGAAUUGGCUUUCAAACAUUGGGGAUCGAAACUUGACAAGGUGAUUGCAUUGGAUGUUGUCACUCACGGUGAUUCGGCCCGCUUGAACGAGUCUAAGGUCACUGCUUUCUCGAGCUGGCCUGACAUUGGUCGCGAUGCUGGACUUGUUCUUGAUGAUCUCGCUCAUAUGGGUGAGCUCGAUGGUCCUACGAUUGCUGCUGGCCACUCCAUGGGUGGUGCCGGUACAAUAUUUCUGGCCGCUUUUCACACCGCCAAGAUCGACGGCAUUAUUUUGAUGGAUCCGGUGUGGGGUGGAAGUUGGCCCGAGGAGGAGUCGAAAAGCCCGGCAACUAUGGCCAUUGGCCAGAUGUUUGGGAAGGUAUACAAGUACUCCCGUGACGAGUUCGACUCACGCGAAGAGUAUGAACAGUUUAUGAAAACAAAGUUCAUCUCUCGUCAAUUCCACCCUCGCAUCCAAGCUGAUAUGAUCGCACACAAUGCGUAUACAGACUUCCACGGUAAAAUUCGUGUGAAAAUGACCAAAGCCCUACAAGUUGGCGCCUACAUCUCUGCCAGCUCGGUUAUCCGUGCCGCUACAACUAUUGUCCGUUGGACGCCUGUUCCAGCUCUCGUUUUACGGGGAGAGGUGGAAGACUGGAAUCCUCCUGGCGACAUGAAGAAGCUGGCCGAUAGAUUGCCAAACUCUGAGCUCAAGGUUAUCGACGGCGGUGGCCACCUUGUCUAUUUCGAAAAGCCUGACGAGUGCUUCGCCGCCAUGAUUGAUUUUGUGGAUCGUCAAGUCGAAUCAGCCUUACAGAGACGCAAGGCGUACGAAGUAGGUACCCAAGUUGGCGCUUAUACUAUUCAGCAAGUUGAAAAGGAGCUGAAGCGUAUGGUCAACGACGGUGUACGCACGUCAUUUGCGAAACUAUAG